AUGCCUCGGAAACAAUUACCCGCGCCCCCGCGCUCCCUCGACUCGCCCCCUUCGACACUAAACUACGCUCUAUGUGGUCUAUCGCCGUGGUGGUGGCACGCGUGCAACGCGGUGCUCCACGCCGCGUGCUGCGCAUUAGUAGCGCGCGCAGCUGGCGUGCUGGCGCGCCUGCACCGCCCGUUCGCUGCCCUCGCCGCGCUCUUGUUCGCAGUACACCCCGUGCAUACAGAAGCUGUAGCGGGAGUAGUCGGUAGAGCAGACGUGCUGGCCUGCGUGUUCUUCCUCUCAUCACUGCUCCUCUACCACGGGAGUUCCGGGCGUCAGCGCGUGUGGGCGAGUGUGGUCUUGGCGGCGCUCAGUAUGCUGGCAAAGGAGACAGGCCUCACAGCUUUGCUGUUCAAUAUCGCCUUUGAUCUCUAUCGCUGCUGGACUGGAUCCAGAACGUCAACUGGAGUGAAGUGGCGAUGGAAAAACGACUGUGUGUGUGGGCCUGUAAGCCGCGCUUUGUUAGCACUGGCGAUGCUAGUGGGUAUCCGGCUGGCAUUACUACAUGGCUCGUUACCCGCCUUCUCACCGCAAGACAACCCACCGGCCUUUCACCAAUCCUUCGUUGUAAGGUUAAUGACAUUCUGCUACUUAGCAGCAUUUAACUGGUGGCUACUACUGUGCCCAUGGUCUCUGUCGCACGACUGGCAGAUGGGUUCGGUGCCCCUCGUUACCAGCGGCUGGGACCCUCGGAACCUACUCACUGGAGCAGCGCUGAUAGCUCUUCUUGCAUUGAUUUAUAGAUGCAUUUUAGAUCUUGAGCCACAACGACACACGCCCGCAGUAGUGGGGCUUCUUUUGCUAGUGAUCCCGUACCUGCCAGCUUCCAAUUUACUCGUCACUGUCGGGUUCGUCGUUGCCGAAAGAGUGCUGUACAUACCCAGUGUGGGAUCAGUCCUACUGACGGUAUAUGGAGUGCAGCUUAUCUGGCGACGUUUCGUUGGAGGACGGCGGCUACUAGUGCUAAGUGUAGCCCUGCUCGUGGCCACCGACGCUGCGCGUACGCUCCUGAGGAACAAAGACUGGCAUACUAGAGAAACUCUGCUUAGAGCGGACCUGACAGUGAUGCCACACAAUGCGAAGCUGCAUUACAAUUUUGCCAACUUCCUAAAAGACACCGAACAGCAAGAAAGCGCCAUCAAACACUACCAAGAAGCACUAAGGUUGUGGCCCAGCUACGCCAGUGCGCACAAUAACCUAGGCACCCUGGUGGUCUCCACUGGCAAGGCCGAACACCACUUCCUACAAGCGCUCAAAUACAAUAGGGAUCACGUUAAUGCUCAUUACAACCUCGCCAAAUUGUACCGUAAGAAGAACCGCAUGGCGGAGUCCAUGCGCAUGUUGGAGCGCUGCAUCGCGCUUGAGCCGCGGUUCGUGCAGGCGUAUCUGGAGCUGCUGUUUCAGGUACGCCUGCGCGAACAAGAUAUGACGUCCGAAGAAGACAAGCGCUGGAUAUUUCACAAGUUGCUGGAUCUCGAACCGAACAACUGGGAACACUAUCUGCUGUACGGUAGCUGGCUCAAGAACAGGGGUCUACUACCCCUGACAUUAGAACAGGUGACGAUAGCAUUGCGGCUCUCGUUUGCGGGCGAGGUGAAAGGGCGGGCGCCCUCCGUCCGGGCCGCGUGUCUCGCACUGAGGGCGAAGGGGCAGAGGGCUCGGAUACAGCAGUUACUCACUCGAUGGCACGCAGUGCGCGAUGACGGACAGCCGUUCAUGCGGCGACUACUGGCGGCGCGUGCGUGGCGCCUACGCACCGAACUCGAAGGUCGCGCCGCGCGUUAUGAUCGGACUGUAGUGCACUCGAUGACAUCGACGUGCCUCCACCAUAGUCAUUUAGAAAUCGCUGCUGAUGCCUACAAACAUCAAAGUAACAACGAAAUCGAGUCUAGGACUUUUCAGUACAAAAGUGUUGUGUGCAGUGGCUCAGCAGCCAAGAGUGUUGUCGACAAAAUAACAACGAACAGUUGCCAAAAACCCAAUGAAUACACCAAAAAGAGCGUGUCAAUACCCGCACACUACAAACCUACGCAUAACAAAUCUGAAACUGGGCAUAAACAAAAAAGUUGUCCAUUACAUAAAAAGAAGAAAAUAAAAGAUGAAACAUUCGCUCCUUUUGUCUCAGACCAUUUGAUAAAGACUUACUAA